AUGCAGACGCAGUCCCGUCUCAUCAUGAACCCCAACGGCGGCGUCGCCGGCUACGAGCCCGCGGCGGCCGACGAGCAGCACGAGGCGGUGCUGAGGGAGCUGACGCACGGGCACCAGCUGACGGCGCACCUGCAGGCGGAGGCGCUGCGGGCGCUGCGCGGGCAGGGCCAGGCCGAGGCCACCGCCACAUUCAUCCUGCAGGAGGUGUCCCGCGCCUUCUCCGUCUGCAUCAACAUCAUGGGCGGCUCCUCCCCGGCCGCGACCCCGACCACGCCGCCACCGGACGCGGCGGCCGUCGUUGCCAGCGGCGCCGCGAGCGGGCGCCGUGCUAGAGAUGACGGCGUCCCGAGAAAAGUAACAGUGACUUCCUCGCCGUACUCGGACGGGUACCAAUGGAGGAAAUACGGCCAGAAGAGGAUCAUGAGGACAAGCUUCCCAAGGUGCUACUACCGAUGCUGCUACCACCGCGAGCGCAGCUGCCCGGCCACGAAGCUGGUGCAGCAGCAGCCGCCGCAGCAGCGCGGCGACGGCGAGCAGACGAUGUACACCGUCACCUACGUCCACGAGCACACGUGCCACAACAUGGCGCCGCCCGAGCCCGAGGCGGCGGCACGUAGCUCCACGCCCGACCCGCUAGGCUUCUCUUCCGGGCUGCAACCGAGGCAGCAGCAGUGGGGCGGCGCCGGCCUGGACCGCGGCUCCAAGGACGAGCUCGAGCGGCAGGCGCUCGUGUCGUCCCUCGCCUGCGUGCUGCAGGGCCACCACCAGAGCUACCCCGGGUCCGGGGCCGGCACGCCGGACGGAUCGCCCUCGCAGGCCCGCGCCGGCGACUGCCCGUCCGCGUCCGGUCUCUCGCUCGAUGCGUCCGACGACGUGGGGCUGGACGUCACGGACUACGGCGUGACGGACGCGCUGUAUUUCGCUGCGUCCUCGUCGUAUGGGCCAGGCGGCGACGGCAUGAUUCCUUGA